UAUACAGCCGUAAUGAUGGCCUUUAAAGAUAACACAUAUACCACCCCUCUCUCCGACUCCGACACCCUGACAGUGGAAGAUCCUAUUUACCUUUCAGUGAGAGUAUCAGAUCUGGAUGCCAACGCCUUCAAACUCAAAGUGGUGAAUAUUUAUGCCUCUCCUACCAAUUCAAGCAACCAAAAGUACUAUCUUCUUGAGAACGGGUGCCCAUCAAGCCAAAUUUCUUCUGACCAGCUAACAGUGGACAGCAAUGGAGUCGGCGCUGAAUCUCGAUUUCUUAUGAAAGUCUUCAAGAUUACCAGUUCUAACACCGUCUAUCUCUAUGCCGAUCUUGCACUCUGCACUACUGAUUGUAAUUCGACCUGCACCUCUCGAUCCAUAUCACGUGAUUCCCCGGACAUUGCAGGAAGGGUCAGCAUCUAUUUGGAUGCAGCUGAUACCAGUUACAAUUUGGAUGCCAGUUCUGCCAGCGGUUUCUCCAUGCCUUGGACUUUGUCUGCUCUGAUCUUCUCCUGGAUCUUGAUGAAACUGAUGUAAUCCCUCCGAGAACCGACCAUCCCGACACCAUGAGACUUUGUCAUAUCGUCUGCCUGCCUGCCUGCUUUAUACCUGAAUUAUUUAUUAUGUUGUAUUUAUUGUAAAGUAGGAAUUGUUAAUGGAGUAGACAUUAUGUAUAUAUUUUGUAUCCCUGGAGAGCGCACCCUGUACUUUCUACUGUUCUUUCACAUAUAAUAAACCGCAAAGUAAUUUAAUUCAAA